AAUGCCCCACUUGGACCGCUGUAUGGUUCGGCUCUCUUUCACCUCCUCUGAGUUUCUGUUUGGUUUUCCUCUCUCUCGUGAUAGAAAAAUCACAUUUGAAUUCACCGCGGGCUCUGAUCUCUGAACCCAAUUCGGAGAAUCAUGGAUGGAGUUGAUCACCUUGCCGACGAGAGGAUCAAGGCCGACUUCGAUGUCAACGAGAUGAAGAUCGUCUGGGCCGGUUCUCGCCACGCUUUUGAGAUUUCCGAUCGCAUAUCCCGUCUCGUCGCUAGUGAUCCGUUCUUUCGCAAGGACCAUAGAGGUGUGAUGGGCAGAAAGGAGUUGUUUAAGGACACACUGAGAAAAGCUGCUCAUGCGUGGAAGAGGAUCUUCGAGCUCCGUCUCUCUGAGGACGAGGCGGGAAGGCUGAGGUUUUUCGUGGAUCAUCCCUCCUUUCUCGAUCUACACUGGGGAAUGUUUAUGCCUGCAAUCAAGGGUCAGGGCACUGACGAGCAGCAGCAGAAGUGGUUAUCGCUGGCGAAUAGGAUGCAGAUUAUUGGGUGUUAUGCGCAAACUGAGUUGGGUCAUGGCUCAAAUGUUCAAGGCUUGGAGACAGUUGCCACUUUUGAUCCACACACAGAUGAGUUUGUCAUACACAGUCCAACUCUGACUUCAGCCAAAUGGUGGCCUGGUGGACUGGGAAAAGUUUCUACUCAUGCUGUUGUUUUUGCUCGUCUCAUAACCGAUGGUGAAGACUAUGGUAUCCAUGGAUUUAUCGUGCAACUGCGCAGUUUGGAUGACCAUUCUCCUCUCCCGGGCAUAACGGUUGGGGAUAUCGGGACGAAGUUUGGGAAUGGGGCAUAUAAUUCAAUGGACAACGGUUUUCUUAUGUUUGAUCAUGUUCGCAUUCCAAGAGAUCAAAUGCUUAUGAGACUGUCAAAAGUUACUAGGGAAGGAAAAUAUGUUCCAUCAGAUGUUCCGAGGCAAUUGGUGUAUAGUACUAUGGUGUAUGUGAGACAAACAAUUGUGGCUGAUGCUUCCAGUGCGCUGUCUCGGGCAGUUUGCAUAGCUACAAGGUACAGUGCUGUCCGGAGGCAAUUUGGGUCACAGAAAGGUGGUCCUGAGGCACAGGUUAUUGAUUAUAAAACUCAGCAGAAUAGAUUAUUUCCUUUGCUGGCAUCUGCUUACGCCUUUCGAUUUGUCGGGGAGUGGCUGAAAUGGCUGUACACGGAUGUCACUCAAAGACUGCAGGCCAAUGAUUUCUCAACGCUGCCUGAGGCUCAUGCAUGCACUGCAGGACUCAAGUCUUUGACUACCUCUGCCACUGCGGAUGGCAUUGAAGAAUGCCGUAAGUUAUGUGGUGGACAUGGCUACUUGUGGUGCAGUGGUCUCCCUGAGCUGUUUGCUGUCUAUGUUCCUGCUUGCACAUACGAAGGAGACAAUGUUGUGCUGUUGCUACAGGUGGCAAGAUUUCUCAUGAAGACAGUUUCCCAGCUGGGCUCAGGAAAGCCUCCUGUUGGGACAACAGCUUAUAUGGCUCGGGCAGAACACCUAAUGCAAUGUCGCCCUGGUGUUCAAAGGGCUGAGGAUUGGUUAAAACCUGGUGUGGUGAUGGAGGCGUUUGAGGCAAGAGCUUUGAGAAUGGCUGUUGCAUGUGCAAAAAAUCUCAGCAAGUUUGAGAAUCCUGAACAAGGAUUUGCAGAGCUCUCGUCUGAUUUGGCCGAGGCAGCAGUUGCUCAUUGCCAGUUGAUCGUCGUUUCCAAGUUUAUUGCGAAGCUGGAACAAGAGAUUAAUGGGAAGGGAGUGAAGAAACAGCUAGAGAACCUCUGUUACGUCUACGCUCUCCAUCUUCUCCACAAACACCUCGGCGAUUUCCUCACCACAGCUUGCAUCACUUCAAAACAAGCCUCUCUUGCCAGCGAUCAGCUCAGAUCCUUGUACUCUCAGGUGCGUCCGAACGCGGUGGCACUGGUGGACACGUUCAACUACACGGACCAUUACCUGGGCUCAGUGCUCGGCCGUUACGACGGUAACGUCUACCCGAACCUGUUAGAGGAAGCAUGGAAGGAUCCUCUCAACGACUCCGUCGUUCCAGACGGCUACCAUCAGUACAUCCGUCCGCUCAUCAAGCAGCAGCUCCGCACCUCUAGGCUCUGAACUCUCAACUUCUGCUCUUCCAUCACAUUGUUAUUAAAUUAAAAUUGAUGUUAUUUAAUCCCCCUCCCCAAAGGAAUCAGUUUUUUCUUAUGUUUUUUUUUUAAAUGAAGGGGAAAAUAAAUUGUUGAUUUUUUUUUA